AUGUCAGCUGAAAAUCAUUCGGAUGCUGAAAAUGACCCAUAUUUUAUCACUUGUAAUCCAGAUUACGACACAACUAUCGAAAUUUUCAAAUUUGUUUUUCAAGCCGCCUAUAUUUUCGUGGCCGCCGUUUUGCAUUAUUUGAUUUUGCGAACAGUUUUGUGGAAGAAUCGAGAGGAAUUUGUGGGAAAUUCAUUUUUUUCGAUUUAUGCAGCUGAUUCGAUUGUUGUAGGUUUUCCGGGAAAAUUCCAACAUCAAAACCCCAAUUUUCAGAGUUUCGCAAUUCUCCUUCUCGACGGAUUUGUCAAUCGUCCGCUCAUGUUUAUUCCUCCACUUUGCUCAAUUUUCGCGCCAAUUUUCGCCUACCCAAACCUAUUCUGGAAAUUGGUUAUGAUUUUAAGCAAUUAUUUAAAAGCGGCCAAAUCAAUGACUCAAAUAUUUAUGAGUUUCAAUCGAAUGACAUGCGCAGUCUGGCCUUUAGAAUAUCUGCAAAUGUGGAGGAACCGCGUCAAAUUCGCUCUAUUGACAAUAUUUAUAACACCAGUUGGCGCAAUUUUCAAUUUAGUUGUCUCGCGAAUUUUGAUCGCUAGUAUUUAUGGUGGAUUUCGAAAUAAUUAUAUCAGAAAAAUCUCAUGGGCCAGUUUACCUUUUCAACAUUUGAUUUUCAUUUUGGUCGCCAUAUUUUUCACAAUUAUUUGCACAAUAAUCGCAGUUUAUGCAUUGCUCAUGCUAAAGUCAUCAACAAAUUCGGUUAAAGGCGCAGAACGAUCACUUUGUAUUGCAAAUAUCAUAUUAUCGAUUGGUUUUAUAUGCGCUGCUGGGGCUCAGGCGGCAAUUGUUUUUUGCUCAUUUUGUCAAGGUUUUUUGCUAUUUAUGAUUCAUAUUUGGUGCAUUGAUUUUUUGAAUGUUAGCUCGCCAUUGGUUAUGCUUUUUGUGAGCAAACAUUUUAGAGCGAAAGUUUUAGGGUUCAAAACGGCUAAGGUUUUCAUGCAAAGUAAAUGA